CGCAACUUCUCCUCUAAGCAUACACAAUUCCAAAAUGAAGAUCAUAAUUGUUGGCGCUGGAAUAGCCGGUCUAUCGCUGGCUAUAGCUCUCGGACAAUCUAAGCACGAUGUCACUAUUCUGGACGCCGCAGCAGCGCUUGAAGAACUGGGAGCUGGUGUCCAGAUGACCCCGCAGGCUGUGAGAUACUUCUUCCAAUGGGGACUGAAGGACGAUGUGAUCUCCCAAUCAUACACACCGAAAGAAAUGAUUAUCAAGGAUUGGAAGGAUGGUAGUAUCCUAACUGCAGUUCCUACGGGGAAGAUGGCUACGGAAUACGGCGCUCCCUACAUUCUGAUUCACAGAGGCAACCUGCUUACAAUUCUCCACCAACACGCCUUGAAAGCUGGCGCCAAGUUGCGACUCAGCAGUCGUGUGGUGAACUAUGUAUUCGAAGAAGGUAUCGUGGAAUUGGAAAACGGUGAGAAGCUGCACGCGGAUCUAGUCAUCGCAGCCGAUGGUAUAAACUCAAUGGCUCGGAAAAGGCUUCUUGGACCAUCCGAUGAAGGCAGCAGACCAACGGGCUGGGCAGCUGUUCGCAUGAUGACGGAGCUCUCCAAACUUAAACAGGAUCCCGAGACGGCACCACUCAUAGACACUACUACACCAAGCUCGUAUCUAUGGAUCGCCCCAAAUGUAUCAUGCAUGAUGUACCAGAUUCGAAAUCACGACAAGCUUAAUAUUGUGCUUUCACAUCGCGAUGACGUAAACAUGUCUGGCUUUACCCUCGAACAGUAUCAAUCGGCUGUGAAUGCCUGGUUCAAAGACUUUGACGCACCUGUUCAAAAAAUGAUUGGCCUCGCGCUCCCCAAGAUGCAAAACUUUCCGGUUUAUGAAGUAUCGCCACCUUCCAGCUGGGCACACAGCUCCGGCAAGUUUGUGCUUAUGGGUGAUGCGACUCAUGCCAUGGCCUUCUACCUCUCCAUGGGUGUUAGUCUUGCUGUGGAGGAUGCUGCAUCUCUAGCUGAAGCCUUGGAUCUCGCUUGUCCAGCAUCGAAAGACACUAGCGAUGGACAGGUUGAUGAGGUCAAGCUGAAGCGUGCGAUUCGCACCUUUGAAACCGUCCGCAAGGCAAGGGCUAGAGUGGUUCAAGAAGCAAGCUUACAUGCAGGAGAUAUGGCGCACAUUGAAGAUCCGCAGAAGCGUAGUCGACUUUAUGAACUGUUACGGACAGAUGGUGCUGAUGAAACUGUUCCAUUUGAGCCAGCAACAAUAACCCAGAGGGAAGGAUAUGGACUUGCGGAUAGAAAGGUGCGAGACUGGUGUUAUAACUAUGACGUUCAAGGAGAGACAAGGAAGGCGUAUGAAUCAUAUUAGAAUUAUGAUCCGGGAUGUGGUAGAGAGACUACAGGAAUGAGCCUUCAUUGUUCUCGCUUCAGGUUUACACCACAAUUAUAACUUGGUAUACGGCCUUGAAAAGUGAAAGCAAAUACCUAAUCCUUUAAACUCCACGCUAAUAUAAAAGAAAAUCUCGCCAAGAACAUAGCCGGCAUGCUCAUGGGUUGGUAGGGCGAGCGUAGCCGGCGUCGGUGUGAAAGUUGUCAUUGGUAGGUUUCAGGCCGUUCCAUACGCGUUUGUACCAUGACUUCUUGGGCUUGUUUUGUCCUGCUAAUAGCCGCGCCAUGAUAUAAUCGUCUGCCGUUUGUGUUGGUCUUGUUUGUGUAGUUGCCGCGGGUUGAGGCUGUGUUUGUGUCGCUGAUUCAAAAGGCACAUAUUGUUUGCCACCAUUCAUGGCUUUCCAGAUGCCGCCGAGUUCGGCGCCGACAUUGGGGCGUUGUUGCGUAGGUGGCUGAUUCGACAUAGUAAGGUGUGAUAUUGUAGAAUGAAUAUGUUUGCUAAUAUUAAGACUAUUCUUGUAUUAUGUAUUAUGCUAGUGUGUGUUCUUGAUCACUCCUUUUCAAUUUCGUUUGCUUAUGGCGGCCUCCCCGCCUGCGCCCCUAACCUUAAAUAGCGAUAAACAGAGCUGUAUCCCCUGCAAGCCCUACAGCCUCUUAGCGCUAGCGAUGCUGCGCCCUCUCGAAUAACGGUUUGUUGUUCGCGGGGCAGACGACUUUUACGAGCUGCCAAUUGCAGACAAUAGUCCAUUGUACUCUUCAUCAUAACUCUUUAGUCGUACACAGAACCCUUGGACCACUUGGAUCUGGCACGGAUCUUCUUGCCAUAUAUGUAAAAGACAAAUGGCACUGGAAGCAGCAAUGCAGAAAAUCCGCCCAUAAUACUCAAGCCUGGGCCGGUGCCAAUGUUAUGGAACAUGGGCCCAACAACCAAAGGGAAGACGGCCGCAAAGACAGAUCGAAGAAAUGUGUUUACAGCCACUGCAGACGCAGCAUAUGCGGUGAAUGUGUCGACCAAAUAAUUAAGACCGGCCUGGAAAAUCGUAAAGAAGCCAGCACCUGUCAGAAUGGUACCGAUAAUAGGUGCUACAGCGUUAUACUUGGGGUCUGCCGUCCAUCCGACGAGAAACUGGCCGACGGGGAAGAUGAUGGCACCAAACAUCAUAGGAGGUAAGCGCUUCUCCGGUACGGCUCGGUUCCCAGCCGCAUGGUAGGCCUUGUUGUACAUUUUCUGGUUGUAAACGUUGACCACGCAGCCUAUUCCAGCACCAACAAACGUGCACAGAAACGGCAGCGUCGACACAACGGGCGACCAGCCGCGAAUCUCGCGGAAAAUAAUAGGAAUGGCGCCCAGCUGCAUAUACAAGAUACCAAAGCAGAAACUGCAGUAGAGCGCGACCAGGAAGCAAAUUGGCGUGGCAAAGAGCUGCAGCGGGCGGACUAGAAACUUGCGCGCAAGCUCCAUGACGCUCACAUCCCAUUCUUCAAAUUUCGCAUGUAGUGCCCAGUUGCCGCUCUCAUGGCGAAGGCGACGGGCCUUGUAGAUGAGGAGCUUGGCCGGGUAUGUCUCGUCAAUGAGGAUGAAAGCCGCGAGAAACGCGACGCCCUGGAGAAUGCCGUCCAAGUAUUGCGUCCAGCGCCAGCCAAGGCCGCUUUCCAUAGCUUGCGACACGGUUGGAC